AACAAAAUGAUAUUAUUUGUGAAACACAAAAUAUUCUUUUAAUCCCAUAAAAAAAAAGUUAUUUUAUUGCAAAUAAAUUUAAAAUUUUUGUUACCUUAAAAGUACAAUUCUUACACCAAAUUAGCUAUUUGGUCUUGCUUUAUUACCCCUUUCCACCCAAGUUUUGCACUUUUACUUUGUUCCUUACUUCUCCAAUAACUCUUUCAAGUUAAAAAAAAAUAAAUAAAGUUUGAUGCUGAAGUAUGAAAGUUCCCUUGAAGGUGACUGGAAGUUGGAAGGAAAUGGAGCUUUCGAAUCAACUUUUUCGAUUUUAAGGUUAUAAAUAUCUGCCUUCUCAAAAUUCAAAUUAAUUACAAAUUCUACAAAUUUCAGGUGGUUUAUUAAGUAGCAAACAAUUCAACUUCAUUUCAAUCCAACAUCAAUUUUGGAAAAAAAUAAAAUAAAGGAAAGCAUGGGUGAUCUUAGCAAAUGGGUGUCUAAUUCAUUACUGCACAAGCUUGAAUCAUUGCCAACAGUUUCCUCAAAUUGUUGCAUCUACAGAGUCCCUGAAAAUCUUCGAAAGGUAAAUGAGGAUGCUUAUCGACCUUUGCUUGUGUCAAUUGGCCCAGUCUACUACGGCGAUCCAAAGCUGAUAGCUAUGCAAGAACAAAAAUUGAGGUACUUGCAAUCUUUUCUUCUCCGAUCCACCUCUUACAAGUUAGAUAAUUAUGCUGAAGUUAUAAGAGGAUGGGAAGAGGUAGUUCGCCAAAGUUAUGUUGAGACUAUAAACCUACUUAGUGAACAUUUUAUUGAAAUGCUGCUCAUUGAUGCAAUAUUUAUCAUUGAGCUCUUCUUGAGGAGUUGUUUCCAUGAGUUUAUAGAUGAAAAUGACCGUAUAUUCAACAAACCAAGGAUGAUCUUACAAGUCACUCGAGAUAUAAGGCUAGAAGAAAACCAACUACCUUUUUUUCUUCUCAAGGGUCUUUACGACCUUGCCUUCAGGCCCUCUUCACAAAAUAACCAACUUCCUUUCCUUGAUAUUACUUAUAAAUUCUUCAUGGGAAAAGAUGAAGUUGUUCCUCCAAGGAUAGCAAGUGCAGAUGUAAAACAUCUGGUUGAUUUUUUGAGAAUAUGUUACCUUCCUUCUGCCUCUCGGGAUCAGUUACCUAAUACCAAGCAGAACUUUGAGUUUACUUCAAGUGUAAGUGAACUAAGUGAAGCAGGAGUCAAAUUUGUGACGAGCCAAAGUAAGAAUUUACUUGACAUACGAUUUGUAAAAGGGGUUUUGGAGAUUCCGAAGAUUGUGGUGACAGAUGAUACAGAAUCGUUGUUUCGGAACAUCAUGGUAUUCGAGCAAUGUCAUUAUUACUUUGACUCUUACAUCAUUGACUAUUUUGCGUUCUUGGAUAGUUUGAUCAACACCCCAAAGGAUGUGGCCAUACUUGUUCAAAGUGGGGUGAUUGACAACUGGUUAGGGAAUAAUGAAGAAGUGGCAAAUCUUUUUAGCAAGAUCUUCAAGCAGACGGGGCUAAAAACUUCAAAGUUCUAUUACUUGGGUAUAUGUAACGAUCUCAAUGCAUAUGCUGGUACUCAAUGGAAUAGAUGGAGGGCCAUACUCAAGCAUGACUACUUCAGCCAUCCUUGGGCUGCUAUUUCGGUAGUGUAUGCAAUUGUAAUGUUGAUUCUAACCGUUCUACAAGUUGUAACCGGCUUCAAAUAAGUAGUUAGCUUGUGAUUGUUGCAAUUGGAAAGUUGGAGACUUUGAAUAAAUAGCUUGUGAUUAUUGCAAUUGUGAUUUGAUUCUGUCUUUGGUUUUAUUAUAGCAUUAAGAGAAGCAAUGCUAUGACCCAUAUACAGAUGCUCCAAAAAUUGUUCUUGCCUAUUUACUUCAAAAUUCACAAUGGGAUUCUUUAUAACAGAAAGGGUACAAUAUGAUGAAGUGUUGCAGCAGCAUCACCAGUAUACAUUUCCCCUCAAUAGAGGAGCUAAACCCUGUACAGUGUACAGGCUCUGCCUCGCUAACUCACCGUUAUCAGGUGACAGCAGAUCCUGUCAAAAGAAUCAGUAGUUGUCUAGACGGAAAGCUACUGAGAGAAUUGGUACAUCUGGCUUAUACUUGAUAGAUGGCAAUCUAUUUAUUUGGUCAUUUGUCCCACCAAAUAUGAUCACAACAAUGAGUCAAUGAGUUUCGCCUUAUUUUGAAGAAUAGUUAGAAUGUUAGAUGCUGAAGUUGGCUGGUAGCUGGAAAAGGACCUUCGUAUCUAACUUUUUUGUUGUUAAGGUUAUAAAUAACUGCUUCUUACAAAUUCUAUGAAAUCAAGUGAGUAGCAAACGAUUUAACUUCAUUUCAACCCGUCAAAAAAAAAAAAAAAAAUCUCAUUUCAGCCCAACAUCAAUUUUGG